ACCACUUGAUGGCUCAGCCAGAGGCAGCAUCAGCUUCUCCCAUGGAUCCGCUGUGCACAGCCUCCUCAGGCCCUCGGAAGAAGAGACCCAGGCAGGUGGGUGCCUCGAUGGCCUCCCCUCCUCAUGACAUCAAGUUUCAAAAUUUGGUCCUCUUCAUUUUGGAGAAGAAAAUGGGAACCACCCGCAGAAACUUCCUCAUGGAGCUGGCUCGAAGGAAAGGAUUCAGGGUUGAAAAUGAGCUCAGUGAUUCUGUCACCCACAUUGUAGCAGAAAACAACUCCGGUUCAGAGGUUCUCGAGUGGCUUCAGGUACAGAACAUAAGAGCCAGCUCACAGCUAGAACUCCUUGAUGUCUCCUGGCUGAUCGAAAGUAUGGGAGCAGGAAAACCAGUGGAGAUUACGGGAAAACACCAGCUUGUUGUGAGAACAGACUAUUCAGCUACCCCAAACCCAGGCUUCCAGAAGAUCUCCCAGUACGCGUGUCAGAGAAAAACCACUUUAAACAACUAUAACCACGUAUUCACGGAUGCCUUUGAGAUACUGGCUGAAAAUUCUGAGUUUAAAGAAAAUGAAGUCUCUUAUGUGACAUUUAUGAGAGCAGCUUCUGUACUUAAAUCUCUGCCAUUCACAAUCAUCAGUAUGAGGGACACAGAAGGAAUUCCAUGCCUGGGGGACAAGGUGAAGUGUAUCAUAGAGGAAAUUAUUGAAGAUGGAGAAAGUUCUGAAGUUAAAGCUGUGUUAAAUGAUGAACGAUAUCAGUCCUUCAAACUCUUUACUUCUGUUUUUGGAGUGGGACUGAAGACGUCUGAGAAAUGGUUCAGGAUGGGGUUCAGAUCUUUGAAUAAAAUAAUGUCGGACAAAACCCUGAAAUUCACAAAAAUGCAGAAAGCAGGAUUUCUCUAUUAUGAAGACCUUGUUAGCUGCGUGACCAGGGCUGAAGCAGAGGCGGUUGGCGUGCUGGUUAAAGAGGCUGUGUGGGCAUUUCUGCCGGAUGCCUUCGUCACCAUGACGGGAGGAUUCCGCAGGGGUAAGAAGAUUGGGCACGAUGUAGAUUUUUUAAUUACCAGCCCAGGAUCAGCAGAGGAUGAAGAGCAACUUUUGCCUAAAGUGAUAAACUUAUGGGAAAAAAAGGGAUUACUUUUAUAUUAUGACCUUGUGGAGUCGACAUUUGAAAAGUUCAAGUUGCCAAGCAGGCAGGUGGAUACUUUAGAUCAUUUUCAAAAAUGCUUUCUGAUUUUAAAAUUGCACCAUCAGAGAGUAGACAGUGGUAAGUCCAACCAGCAGGAAGGAAAGACCUGGAAGGCCAUCCGUGUGGACCUGGUUAUGUGCCCCUACGAAAACCAUGCCUUUGCCCUGCUAGGCUGGACUGGCUCCCGGCAGUUUGAGAGAGACAUCCGGCGCUAUGCCACACACGAGCGGAAGAUGAUGCUAGAUAACCACGCUUUAUAUGACAAGACCAAGAGGAUGUUUCUCAAAGCGGAAAGCGAAGAAGAAAUCUUUGCACAUCUGGGAUUGGACUACAUUGAACCAUGGGAAAGAAAUGCUUAGGAGAAAGUCGUCAACUUUUUUUUUUCUGUUCUUUUUUUCAGGUUCGACAAAUUAUGCUUCAUAUUAUAAUGAAAGAUGCCUUAGUCAAGUUUGAGAUUCUUUACAUUUUACCAAAAUGUAGAUUGCUUCUAGAAAUAAGUAGUUUUGGAAACGUGAUCAGGCACCACCAUUUGUACGACUGCUGUGUAGAACUCGCAAGCCAUUUGUGGAACUGUUGUGUAGAAUUUGCAAUGCAUUUUCCAUAGAAACGGUUUUGUAAUUGGUGGCUCAUUUCCAGGGAAGUUCAUCAAAGCCCACUUUGCCCACAGUGUAGCUGAAAUACUGUAUAUUUCCAAUAAAAAUAGGAAAAAACAA